AUGAGGAAUUCUUCUCGUGGAUGUGCAAUGAAGUUGUUAGAGAAGAUGAUGUCAAUUACAGAUCCAAUUACAGACUUGGUGCUCUUAAGUGUCAAGGCUUUGUUCCCGCCACCAUUCCGAGCUGUGUUGGGUUGUUUUUCGUUUUUCAAUAUGGGCCACAGAGGUACAGCUUCGUCUGGACCUCCCAUUGAUUCCGACCACAUCAAUAGCUAUAAAUAUGAUGUGUUUAUUAGUUUCAGUGGUGCUGACACCCGCAACACUUUUGUUGAUCAUCUUUAUGCUCAUUUAACUAGAAAGGGUAUUUUUGCCUUCAAGGAUGAUAUAAGGCUACAGAACGGAGAGUCCCUUUCGCCAUAA